CUUCACGAUUGCCAGGUAUUUGACAGGUACCUGUGGGUAACCCGGCAUCCAUACCCAGCAGGUACACAUCUGUGGAUGUCACAGUAUCUGUGACACCCGGGUGCUGCAUGGAUGCUGGGUAUGGCUCUGCAUGUGACAGGUACCCAUCACAGGUACCCACACAGCCACUGGAAUACUCUCUCCUCCCACCACCUUGCCCUCUCACGGAUCUUCCUGGUGCCCAGACAUGGUUCAUCUCCACCCACAUCAAAUCUCCACCUCAUAAGCUCAGAUCAAUAUCUUGUGACGAUGAUUUUUCCAUCAUUUUUCACCCGUUUUUCUUGCGUCUGGAAGCGUUCGAAAGCCCCAGUUCAUGGCUUCAAACCGACCCCUUAUUCGCUAAAAUUGGCCACUUCAUUGCAGAGUUAUGGCAGGAUCUUUGUUUUGGCAGGGGAUGGAGAGCAUAUUCAAGAUAUCUUGGGUUCGGAUGGGUGCUUCCCUACAUACUUGUGUCCAUUAUCUGUUACCAUCUCACGGUGCUGCUCCCUUAUCAUUGCCCUCACUGUCUGACUCAGCCAUCAUUUUGUUCAGUCCAUAUCUUUUUCGCUUUUUGAUCGUUUCCCUUCGUUCUUAGGGCGUUCGAAAGCCCUUGUCAAUACCUUUCAGACGACCCCGGCACAACCCCAUGGCGU